AUGGCGUCUUUCAAGCUUUCAGCCACCGAACAUCCAAUCAAAGCGGUGACAGUCUACAAAUCGUCUCGAGCUGAAGUCGUGCGUGUAUUCCCUCUCAAGCUCCAGUCCGGAAACACCAAAAUCGACAUUACUGAGUUGCCGAGUUGCAUUGACACUCAUUCUGUCCGAGUUUCCGGUCUUGGGGAAGCUAGGUUAUUCGACGUCGUGUGUACGACGCGCAACAAAACACCAGGCACCAAACCCACAGAAGCUAUUCAACAACUUCGCGUUCAGAAGACAGCGUUGCAGGGCGAGAAACGGGUCUACGACUACGAGUCAGAUUUGCUCGUUUCCUACGCGAAAACCCUCAAGGGCGAGCAUGUCUCUCCAUCUCAGAUGGGGGUAUUCCUGCAAAGCUUUGUUGAGUCGGGCAAGCGGAAUCUGGUGGCAGUUGCAGAGAUCGACGAGAAGAUUGCCGACAUUGACCGUCAACUAGAGCAAGAGCUGGAGAAACAGGCGGUCAAAAAGGGGGAUGCGACGGGUUUAGUGACCGUGGUGGUUGGGACUGAUGUUCCUGUGAGUGUCGAGCUCAAGUUGACCUACAUCGUCAGCAGCGCAUCCUGGUCCAGCACCUACGAACUUCACGCCUCCACCGACAACGGAAAACCUUCGUCAGCCGUCACGCUGCAUUAUCGCGCUCGAAUUACCCAAAGCACCGGCGAAGAUUGGAGCGAUACCGCCCUGACAUUGAGCACCGUCGAUGCCUCCACCAUGGUCCGCAACAUCCCCUACCUCAGUCCAAUCAAGAUUCGCCCUCAGAAUCGGGGGUUAUUCUUCACCCAGAAGAACAACAACGCCGGCCCCAUUUUCGGUGCUCCAAACCAACCACCUCAAGUCCCAGGCAUCAGCAACGUCCAUAAAACUCCCGCAGGUCUUAUUCCUGCGGCCUUCAACGGAAAUAGGGGCAGCAAUGCUCUGUUUGGAACCCCUUCGCAAAGUCUUUUUGGAAGCGGCACAAGUACUGCAUCCGCUCAGCAAACCACUGGAGGGUCCUCUGAUCAGGGACAAAGUUUUGGCAUCACACAAACCACGCAGCCAGCAAGUGGGCUGUUUGGUAGCGCACCGACAGGUGGGCUUUUCGGAAGCACACAAUCGGCCACGACUGGCGGUCUUUUCGGAAGCACACAAUCGGCCACGACUGGCGGUCUUUUCGGCAGCACACAGCCGGCUACGACUGGCGGUCUGUUUGGAAGCACCCAACCAGCAAACGCUGGUGGUCUUUUUGGAGGGGCAGCCCCCGCUGCACCAGCAGUACUUGCAUCACAACUCGCAUCCACCAGUCUCCACGACUCCGAGAUAACCGAGGAGUUUGAGGAAAUCGCUAUUCCUGGUGCUCAAGCGGGUCCAACGACGAUCGUCACUGAAACUCCUCUCGCUGUUUCUUAUGCUGUUGAAGGAACUACCACCGUUCCGAGCGAUGGAACGGCCCAUCAAGUCGCUGUUGCCGUCCUCCCAUUCGAAGCCAAAAUCAAGCACAUUUGUACCCCCAGAAUUGAUGCUCGUGUCUAUCUGCAAUGCAACGUGAAAAAUACGAGCGAGUAUCGUCUGCUGCCUGGCCCAGUUACUGUGGUUCUCAAUGAUAGCUUCGUUUCCAAGACCUCCAUCAAUGAAAUCGCUACUGGAGACACCUUUGCAUGCACGCUCGGGGACGAUGCUGCCGCCAAAGUCACAUAUUCGCGCAGCUCCAAGACCAAAAAGCUCGAUUCUGGCUCGUUCGCGGAAUCGCUCAACAGCACGACGUAUACUACGAAAAUCACCAUCCAUAACAAGCACCCUUUCGCCCUGACCGAUCUUGUCGUUCGGGAUAUCGUGCCUACCAGCGACGACACCAGAGCCAAGGUCUUGCUGCACAAGCCUGCUGGUCUGGCAGAUGCGAAGGAUGGGCAAGUUGUCAAGGUCGAUAGUGCGAGCCUGAGUGGCUUGACGGUUCGCUGGGGGGCUGGCGCUGACGGGAAGCCAGGCGAGAAGGAGGGCCGUAUUGAAUGGGGCUGGAAUGUCGAACCAGGCAACAAGGCGGUUUUGGAGGCGGAAUGGGAGCUCAAGGCGCCAGCAGAUGUCACCUGGGUUGAGUAUAUGCCGUUGUUCGGUGCUCAGUGGCAGUGA